AUGGCUGCGCUUCAAAGAGCUCUCAGACCUGAAGGCAGCAUCGAAAGCGGGGAAGGUCCUGCUUGGGAACCGCAAGCGGAGAAUUGCGAGGAGUCUGGCGCUUCGGAGGUUUUAGCAUCGCUGCAUGAAGCAAGGGGCGACGCGACGUCCGCCCUGCGGCUUCUAGCCGCUGCCGGCAGCCAACGAGUCUUUGCACUGCUGCGGCGGCACCUGGGCCAAGGUGCAGACCUCGGGGCGGUUUCGGCGGUGCUGCCGCGGCUCGUUGCGCUGGAUCCUGGCCAGAUGGCCGACUUGGCAGCCCUUCAUCCGGAGAGCCUGAAACCCGCGGAGCUGCUCGCAGCUCUGGCGCCACACGGCCCGGCCUGGGAGCUGCGGUACUUAAGGCUUCUCGCUUGGCGCUCUCCAGAUGCGGCCAAGCACUUCCGAGACCGAAUGGUGCAGCUAACAGCAGAACUGCGGCCGCAUCAUCUGAGGCCAGCGCUCAUGCAGUCUGCCUCCGAUGAGAAAGAGGAGUCCUCUUCUACUUCUUCGGUCCAUGGCACGUGGUUGGAGGCAGCCUGGGCGUCCGGCUCCAGGGAGGCGGCCUCUGCGCUGCUGGCGCUCGGCCAUCCGGAGCAGGCUUUCCACUUGCAGCUCUUUGAGAUCGGGAGCGUUCAGGGAGCCCUAGACGUGCUGACUGAGGCCAGGCUCCCGGAAGAAAAGGAGCAAGAGUUGCUGCAGGAGCUGUGCGCAACAGCGAUCCAGGAUGGCCACCUCUUCGCCUCUCUGCUCGCGGCGGUCCUCAGCCCAUCUGGUGGCGUGCCGGGGGUGAAGGUCUCCACCCUCUUCCAGCAGCUGCCCCCAGGCCUCGAAGUUCCGACUGCUGCCGUCGCGCUGCUUCUUUCUCUG